AUGUCUUCCAACCCAAGUGAUCUUUACUCCCAAAGCUUCAAUUUCCAAAGUUUUCUGCAGAAGGGAGUCGAUCCUCGUACUGGACAAUACACCGUCAGCAUUAAACUCUUUGAUGCACCAUCUGAGACUCGCAACUGCCCGUCAUUCAAUCUAUCGCUGAGUUACAAUCCGCUCAACACCAAAGAUAUCGGUCUGGGCACUGGCUGGUCCUUUAAUCUGCCCUCUUACGACCAUCGCCAAGGCAAGACUUUGUUGCUCUCGACGGGAGAAAACUUCCAAGCAACUGAGACGACCAGUGCAUUUUUCAUUCAGGACCAGAAGCUCAAGAGCUUCCAGGCAAAAAGAACAGGAUCAUCGGCGGGAUCUACUUAUGAAGUGGCGUACAAAUCAGGCCAGGUAGAGAUUCUCUCUGGUUUUAACAAUACCUACAACCAAUCCGUUCCGAUCACCAUUUACGGCGCAAACGGUCGUCCACUCAGUCUGGAAUGGACUCGCAACGGUGAACAGCCACGACUGAGCAAGAUCCAGGAUGGUGAUGACGUUCUGCUGGAUAUUCAGUAUUCCGAUAUGCAGGUGACCAUCACCAAGGCCCCAGGAACAACCGCUGCCAGCACCUUCACCCUUAUCCGCCGUAAUGCGCAGCUAACCCAGGUUAAACUGCCACUGAAUGACGACACGCCCCCGUGGCGGUUUUCCUACAACUCUCUCAGCAACGGAUUUGUGUGCGUGUCACAAGUGACAAGCCCUACUGGUUUAGUUGAAGAGGUCAAUUACAAACAAGAUGGUCACCAGCUGCCCUCUGGAGCGCCUUAUGCGAGGAUUCCAUACGUAGUGUCUCACGUGGCGCGUCCGGGGCGUCAGCAGCCUGCCAUAAAAACAACUUACAGCUACUCCUCAUAUAACUUCCUGGGCUAUGGAGGGGCACGGCAGUGGAGCAGUACCGGUGAUAAUCUGUAUCAGGUGCCUGCGGAAUACCAGUACACAUCCACGGCGCAGCUUGAGGGUGGAACCACCACAACCUAUACGUACAACAAGUUCCACCUGACCACCAAGAUCGAGGAACAGCUGAACACGAAAAAGACCACGCAAGAUAUCACGUAUCAUACUACUCCAAAUACAGCGUUUGAUGAUCAGCCUGCGCAAUACCUGUUACCAAAAACGGUGGCAAUCACCUAUGCGGACACAAAAGCCUCCAGUCGGACAGAAACAACAACAACUGAAUUUGACGAAUGGGGCAACCCAACCACAGAGAUCAAGCCGGGUGGUCUGAUUACCACUCGCACAUAUCAUGCCCCAGACGGAGAGGCAGACUGCCCGGCUGACCCUCAUGGUUUCCAACGUUAUCUGAAAACAGAAACAGUGACCCCGGCAGAGUCUUCCUUUACUGCACCGACCAGAACAGAGAAGUUUAGUUAUUUGGAGCUCCCUACUUCGAGCAAUGCGACUGUGCAGACAGUUGUCGUGCCAUCAUCACGCGUCACCCUCGAGGGGGACACGUCGCUGACCACUGCCGAAUAUACGUAUGUCAACCAGCCAGACUCACGCGAUCAUGGACGCGUCCAGCAACAGAAAACAUGGUUAUCGUCGAAAGAUAGCGCCACGACACAGACAUAUGCUUAUGAGUAUCUCAAUAGCGAUGAACUGAAAAAGAUACUCAAUACGGUCGGCUUUGAUGGCGUUUCGGCCAAGUUUGAGACUGUCCAUUCCUUGUCGUCUGGGCAGGUUACUGGGCAGACAGAUGAUGCGGGUAUCCAGGAUGUCUUCCAAUAUGAUGCAUUGGGUCGAUUGGUGAAAGCCGCAACAGCGAUUGAUACCGAACAGGAAGCGGUCCGCUACAACAGUUACGCCAUUCCUGACGACGGCAAUAGUGGCAUGGUGCUGUCAGUGACCGAUGCCAAAGGUGUUCAAACACAAUACAUUUCCGACGGCCUGGAGAGAAUCUGCCAAGUGAAGAGGCAGGAUGAUGAUGGCUCGUGGGAUGCAUCUACCAACACAUAUUCCGGCACUUUUCGCUCACUGCAGGAGCAUACUUACAAUGCUGUGGGCCAGAAUGUUGAACAAAUUGACAUUGACUGGCUGCGUACCAAAGAAGGCGAUCCAACGGAACUACGAACGAUUAAGAAACUAGAGUAUGAUAACUGGGGUCAGGUCCUGAAGACGAUAGACAACAGCACCGGCGUCACGACGAUUUCAGAGACGGAUCCUAUCAGCCUGAGCCAAACAGAAGGAAUCGAAGGCGAAGGUCAAACCGUGACGCAGCUCAAUCUGUCCGGCGUGCCUACUCAAAUCCGCCUUCUGGGUAAAGAUGGAACUGAGUACAGCAAGCUUACAUACAACUAUGAUGGUCUUGGACGACUGGUUGAAGAAGAGGAUGCCUUGGGUCGCAAGACAAAAUACCAAUCUGAUUCGUUUGACCGAGUCACCAAGACCACCUGGGCGAGCGGCCGGGAAGUCAACGUCCAGUAUGCCACCCAAAGCGCGGCAGCCCUCCCGACCUCACUCCAAGUCAACGACACAAGCCUUGGUGGGCAGUCUUUCGACGGAUUGGACCGAUUGACGCGGCGAACAGUCGGUGGACGCAGUUUGAAGCAAUCCUAUCAGGGUAGCACCCCAGAGCCAAUUCAGAUUGCCACGGACAAGGGCGACUUCAAACUUACAUACGAGCCGGGUUUGCGCCAGUCGCUGUCCACAGUCAGUGGCCAGGACAGAAAUGAGACAUACAAGUAUGACUCCAAGACGGGCGUUGCAUUACAGCUCAAAGGCUCAUCCAGCACUGCGGAUCGUCAGUACUUCCCGUCAGGCCUACUAAAAAGUGAAGCGCUCGAUCUCAGCGAAGGUACCGCGUCCUUUGCGACACAGUCGACAUACUCGAUGGCCGGGAAGCUGCAAGGAUAUACCGACGUCCAUGGCAAGGAAUACCAAAACAUAUAUGAUAGUGCUGGCCGUCUGAGUUCCUUGACUAUAGGAUCCCUCACGGUCUCUUAUUCCUACGACAGCGCCAACCGUCUGUGUGGCACUACUGUUCAAGACAAAGAACAUGACUCCAACCUGACCACCAGCCUUAUCUACGAUGAUUUCGGUCGAGAAAUCGAGCGCACCGUUUUGCAAGGGGACAAGCAGGUGUCUAAACUGAUCCAAUCCUACGGCAAAACAAGUCUUAUCACCACGCGGCAAUUGGAAGUUGAUGGGAAGACUGUACGAAACGAAUCGUUUUCCUAUGAUGAGCACAACCGUUUGGUCAAGUACAAAUGUGAGGGAAGCCAACCUCCUAAGGAUGAAAAGGGACAUGAGAUACAAACGCAGGAAUUCACCUUCGAUAACCUCGAUAACAUAACAUCUGUCACAACUGGUUUCCAAGAUGGUACCCAAAAUACGGCGACUUACUCAUACAGCAAGAAUGAUCCGACCCAGCUCAGUCAAAUUGCAAACAGCCAUCCUGAUUUUACAUCUCAAAUCACCCUGGAAUAUGAUUCCAAUGGAUGUCUCACCCAAGACGAGCAAGGUCGUACCUUGGAAUACGACAGCGGCGGCCGCCUGGAGUCAGUCAAAGAUAGCAGUGGCAACCUUCUCAGUCAAUACAGCUACGAUGCAGCUGGCAGAUUAAUUUCCCAGUCAAUCCCCGACCAGCCAGAUACCCAGCUGUUCUACCGACAAGACAAGCUUAUAAGUGUCAAGUCCGGAGACCGCCAAGUGAGCUAUAUCUCUGCUGGCAAUGAAUACUUGGGGCAGAGUACCCAGAGCGGUGAUUCUAUCGAGAUUCAACUCUGGGGAUCAGACGCCAAUGGCUCUGUGCUCAACUGGUUCAACACAGCACAACCAGACCAGAUCCACCAACAGCAGUACACACCUUACGGCUUCGGUGCCCCUGAUUCAGCCUCCUCCAUAGGGUUUAAUGGCCAGUGGCGUGAUCCAGUCACAGGAUGGUACCACUUGGGUAACGGAUACCGAGUCUACAACCCCGUCUUAAUGCGCUACCAUGUCCCCGACCCCGGCAGCCCGUUCGGCACGGGUGAAGUCAACGCUUAUGCUUACUGUCUGGGAGACCCAAUCAACCGCGUCGACCCUAGCGGCCAGUGGAGCUUCUUCGGACUCUUCAGCUUCAGCUGGAAAGAUGUGAUUACUACCGUAGCCAGCGUUGUUGUGAGCGUUGCAGUCGGCGUUCUCACAGCCGGGGCAAGUGUGGCCAUCGAGAUCGGCGUGGGAAUCGCAGCCGGAGUGGCGACCAGCGUCGCAGCCGGAGCGGUAGGAGAUUUAGUCGAAGGGCGACUGCCCACCUGGAAGUCCGUUGGAAUCGACGCCCUUAGCGGAUUGAUCGGUGGUGUGCUCGGGGAAGCUGGUGGCCGGGCUAUAGCUUCUGGACUCAAAUUCGCGACCAACUUCAAGAGCUUCAUCGGACGAGCUGGCUCAUAUACGGUCAAUGAGGUUACAAAGACGGGAUUCAAGACAACUCUCAAGGAAAGUAUCAAAGGGGCCGUGGAAGGUGAAAUCGCCGGUCAGAUUUCAAAUGGUUUCUACGGUGAUGCACUCUACAACGCGUUGCAAGGCGACGACUCUUCGACGCCCCAGCAGGCCACGAGCUCCUCACCGGUAGCUAGUUCGCCGUCGUCAUCCCAGCGAUCUCAGAAGGGCCAGGUGGCCGUGGUCCGAGAGGCGUCGCUGGCCAGAGAUCCCAUCAGACUUUCUCUGCGGGAUGGUCAAUCCACCGUUUCUAAUCGGGACCGGGGAUUCGGUAAAGAAGCCGGCAAGUCCAUUCCGAACAUCUUGAACCGCCAGCUGAAGUGCACGUUUGGGCCUGUUGGCGCAUCGCAGGGCAAGCGGCAAGCGACGGGAAGUGGUGCGCUCGAAUCAUUGGAGAAGAAGAGGAGAUUGUUCUAUCUAGCAACUAUAUACUAUCACAAUCUGAGAGAUUCCUCCAUAAUUAAAUCAAUGAUGGUCUAUGGCGCAUGCAAUCUGAAAUGCUAG